AUGUUGAGCUGUUUUUCGUGUUGCAUGACCGAAGAAAGUGCUCGUCAAGCGUCCUUGAAGAGUAAGAGCACUCGAAAGUACCAUGACACGAAGCCUUUGGAAUCCAUUGCCAAUAUCUCCAUGAAGACCGAAGGUAGCAGAAGGAGGUAUUUGGCCGACGAGAUUGAAAAACUCGGAAAGAACAACAUAUCAACCGAUAUUUUCACAUUUAACGAGCUAUCGGCCGCAACUCAAAACUUCAAACUCGAUACUUUGAUCGGUGAAGGUGGCUUUGGGAGGGUGCACAAGGGCCACCUGGAGAAUAAGAGCAUUGAUGUUGCGGUGAAGCAACUCGACCGAAAUGGCUUCCAAGGGAAUCGAGAAUUUCUCGUCGAAGUUCUUAUGUUGAGCCUUCUUCACCAUCCGAAUCUCGUGAACCUUAUCGGAUAUUGUGCCGAGGGAGAGCAGAGAAUAUUAGUGUAUGAGUACAUGGCCAAUGGCUCCUUAGAAAAUCACCUCUUAAACAUAGACUCGGAUAGAAAGCCACUCGACUGGGAAACCCGGAUGAAAAUCGCAGAAGGUGCAGCGAAAGGGCUCGAGUACUUGCACGAAACAGCAAAUCCUCCGGUAGUAUACCGUGAUUUCAAAGCCUCAAACAUACUCUUAGACGAAAAUUUCAACCCCAAACUAUCCGAUUUCGGGCUAGCAAAGCUAUGUCCAAAUAACGAUGUAAAAAACUACGUUUCGACACGAGUAAUGGGAACUUACGGGUACUGCGCGCCCGAAUAUGCAGCCACCGGGCAGCUCACCACUAAAUCCGAUGUGUACAGUUUUGGCGUCGUUUUUCUAGAAAUGAUCACCGGUAGAAGAGUUAUCGACAACACAAAACCAAGUGAGGAGCAGAACUUAAUCGAAUGGGCACAACCUUUGUUUAAGGAUAAGAAAAAGUUCCAUACAAUGGCUGAUCCGUUGCUUGAAGGGAAGUAUCCGGAAAAAGCGCUUUACCAAGCGCUGGCUAUUGCCGCAAUGUGCCUGCAAGAAGAAGCCGAUACUCGACCAUUGAUAACCGAUGUUGUGACAGCACUGCAAUUUUUAACUGUUGGUAAGGAGAAUGAAGGAGGAAAUAACAAUGGUGAUGAAUAA